CCGGAUCCGAUACCGUUGCCAUAAGCAUGGCUUGGGCCAUGGCGGAGCUGGCAAAGAACCCACGAGUGAUGAAGAAAGCACAGGAAGAACUAAGAAACAGCGUUGGGAACAAAGGUAAAGUCUCAGAAACUGACAUCGAAAAACUUGCGUAUCUGAAGGCGGUGGUGAAGGAAAAUUGGCGGCUGCAUCCGCCUGUGACAUUGCUGGCUCCGAGAGAAGCCAUUACCCGAUUCAACAUCUCGGGCUACACCAUUGACCGGAAGACCCGAAUACAAGUAAAUGUUUGGGCCAUCGGGCGGGAUCCAAAUGUAUGGGAAAACCCGCAAGAGUUCUACCCCGAACGGUUCUUGGAUAGUCCAUUUGAUUUCAAGGGGCAGAAUUAUGAGUUUUUACCGUUCGGCAGUGGUCGUAGAAUUUGUCCGGGCUUGCGUAAGGCGGUCGCGAUAGUGGAGCUGACACUUGCGAAUCUUUUGUAUUGCUUUGAUUGGAAAAUGCCGGAAGGGAUGACAGAGGAAGAUAUCUGCAUGGAGGAGGAAGCUGGAAUUACUGUUCAUAAGAAAGUGCCUCUUAAGCUCAUUCCCGCUGAAUAUCAAUGUUCAUCUGAAAAUAAGAUGUCCUAAGUCGCUGUUUACUUGUAUUUAAUUAAUCGCCUUACAUCACAUGUAAGGAUAUUUAUAUAACCACCGUACGUAGAAUUCUAGGACGAGUGUUUGCAUUAAAUCAAGUUGUAACAACUAUAAGUCUUUCUUUUGUUUAUGCAUUCUUAGUAAAAGAUUUAUGCACCC